UCCUAUCAAUUAGUUAAACAAGAAAGAGUGACCAUUUGGUAGUUGGUACAUAUAGCUAAAAUCCACAGCACCAUCCAAUUUUUGGAAACAUUUGCAUUAGGUAAACACUCUUCCUUUCUUCCUUCUUCACAUCUACUAGAGAGAAAUUAAGAGGAAGGUCAUGAUCUGGGGUUUACUCUACCUACCAAGAUCAUGAUCUAUCUCAUUUCAUCCCUUGCAUUUUGAUCCCUCAUUUCUUCAUCUCUUCUGAUCAACAUUCAUUGUCUUGAAUUUUGUUGGGUUGUUUUUAUUAGACAAAAGUUAAGGUAAAAAGAAUGGCUUCGCGAUCUUUUAAGCGUUUGGUUGAACAAAGGAUGGGGAGAGUUGGGGUUUUCUUCGUAUACGCUAUUCUUGAAUGGGUGAUGAUCAUUAUUCUUUUCAUUGAUGGCUUUCUUGCAUUUUUCACCAAUGAAUUCGCCAAGUUCUUCGAAUUAAAAGUUCCCUGUUUGCUAUGCACGAGGAUCGAUCACAUUUUCAUUAAAAGGAACUCUAGUUUCUAUUAUAAUGAUUCCAUUUGUGAAGUUCACAAGAAGGACAUCUCUUCCCUUGCGUAUUGUCAUGUACACAAGAAGCUUUCUGAUAUUAGGAACAUGUGUGAAGGCUGUCUUCUCUCUUUUGCAACAGAGAAGGAUUCUGAUUGUGAUAGGUAUAAGUCAUUAGUUGGGAUUUUGCAUAAAGACAUUGAUUGCUUUGUGGAUGGAGAUGAUCAGAGAGUUUCCAUAAAAUCAGUGAAGAAUGAAGAUGAGGUCAUCAAAACUGGAACUGUUGUUGUCCUGAGGUGUUCUUGUUGUGGGGAGCCUCUGAAAUUGAGGUCUAAAUAUAAGCGGAACUUGUCUAUAAAUGGAGAUAUUUAUUCUCAAGCUCCUGCCCCGUCUCCUCGAUCUCCCUUGACAACAUGGAAAAAUGAGGAAUUGCGCAAUCUAGAAUUGCCUCAUGUUCGGUACACAGAGCUGAAGUUUACCUCAGAUAAUGACUCGGACCUUCCAGAUGAUGAGGGUCACCAAAAUGCAGCAGGUAGAGAUGAUAUUAAAGCUGCUAGUGUCCCACUUCUACCAGAUCCCGAGGACAUACAUGAUGAAUCUUGCAAAACCCCAAAUUCUGCAAGAAACAAACUCUUUGGCAUCCCAUUUUCAGACUCAGCUCAAGCCAGUCCUAAGUGGCCUUAUAAGCCCAAAAAAUUGGGUGGUGAUAAGAGUGAAUUCAUUUCAGAUGCUAAUGACACGAGUGCAGAGAACGAAGCAGAUGAUGAUAUCUUGCAUCGCUUGAAGAGGCAGGUUCGUCUGGACAGAAAGUCUCUCAUGGAACUGUACAUGGAAUUGGAUGAAGAAAGAAGUGCCUCUGCUGUUGCAGCAAACAAUGCCAUGGCAAUGAUCACGCGCUUGCAAGCAGAGAAGGCUGCUGUGCAAAUGGAAGCAUUGCAGUAUCAGAGAAUGAUGGAAGAGCAGGCUGAAUAUGACCAAGAGGCUUUGCAAGUCAUGAAAGACCUAGUUUUGAAGAGGGAGGAAGAGAUAAAGGUAUUGGAAGCUGAACUCGAGACCUACAGGGAGAAAUAUGGACAUAUCAAGAGAGUAGGUAGUGAGGUCUGUGAAGUCGAUGCAGACGAUGAUUAUCAAGAGUUGAAAUCUCAUUCUGUAUCAUCCUUCAGUGAAAGAUCAGACUGUGGCAGUCCUCGUGAUAUGGAUCAGGAUGGAGUAAACGAGUUCCAUAUUGAACGCCCUGGGAAAUAUGGAGAGGGAGCCGUUGAUGAAUCAAACCUUGAUUUUGAGAAUGAGAGAUCUUAUCUACAGGGUUUGUUAACAAACCUUGAAAAGAAGAUUAAAAUACCUCCUGAUGUUGAAUCUCAUGUGUUAGAAUCAAAUGUGAUUCAAGACAGAGUGUUAUUAGGGAAUGAGAAUAAGGUUACUCUUACAAGAGAAGUGUCUCUAAUCAGAGAGAGAUUGAGAGCUGUAGAAGCAGAAAGUGGCUUCUUAAAACACGCGGCCAUGACAUUACAGAGGGGUGGAGAAGGAACCAAACUCUUGACUGAGAUAGCUCAACAUCUGCGGGAGCUUAGAUACUCUGAUACAGCAACAGGGAAUGGAGAUGCAUGACUUUUGUCCAAAAAGUUGUUUCUCCUCCUUUUCCUCUCUUCUUCUUCCACAUUAGGAUGUACAGUCUUGGAAGGAGCACUGAAGUUCCCAGCUUUGGCAUUUCUCGGAGCUUUACUUCUCAUUACCUAGAGCCUUGAGGUACUUCUGGAUAAUCGCCAUGGAAACACGUAGGUUAACUUAGGUUGGAUUCUUAUUGACGUAUGAUCAUAUUUUAAAGGCCCCAAUGAUGUCCCACUAUAGACGACUAUACAUCUUCAACAAGGGCUUCAAAUUGAUCAGGAUUACCAUUUUCCAAUAGGAAAAAAGAAAAAUAUAAUAUCUGACCUGUUGUUGAAAGGUGAAGUUGGCUUGGAACCAGACAACUUUGAAAUAAUCCAGCAAAAGGCAGAAUGGACUCAUGGAAGGACUCCAAUGAGAAACGGAAAAAUAGUUUUGUCAAAUGUAAAUGCAUAUAGAUGGUUAUAUAUUUGUAUGAUAUCCACCUCUCUUGACCUCUUGCAAUCUAUUUGAAACUGAGUUGUUUCACCAGAUGCUACGAUAGGAAUUCCAUUGACAGCACAGCUGUUUGUUUAGCAGAUAAUAAAUAUAACUUAAACAGUAACUAAACGAGCAGAAUGGAAGGUGUGAGCGAGCAUUAAAUGGA